GAGAGACUGAGAGAGAGAAGGAGGAUACCUGCUCUCCCCCCUUCUCCUCAGUUCUUCUCAGUCCUCUCUCCAGGUCUAUAGAAUACCAGGGGGGCGUGAAAUAUGCUUACCGGGGCGUGAUGUUAGUUCAAUGUGGGGGCGUGAAGGGGGGUCUACCCCCCUACAAAGGGGGUUUACUAGACGGUAACUGUAACAACCUGGAGAAUAUAAUAUCUGAUCUAAACAGGGAUGAUGAAUACAGUGACAGAGAUCUUGAACCCAGAAAACCAGGGGCACUCAGGGUCACCUUCAGUGAGGUGGAGAUGGUGAGCUGUGAUGGGGUGGGGAGGGUUCAGUGUCCCCCAGUGGAAGGAGGGGGGACGCACACACCCGUUUCCUCGGUGGAUCAAACAUUCCAGUCAAAACUUUUAAGACCUUAUUAUGAAGGAUGGGACAAUCCUUUCCGGGCCGAGGGUGAGGUUAGUCAGGACGCCAGUCUCAUGCUGCAGUUGUGGAAAGAAGGUCGUCUUGUUGGCGACCUUAAGCAUCUCCUUGCUGGUCUUGGAGGCCUCCAAGAACACACAGAUCAACAAAGAUUUGAGGAAAGCUUGUCAGAGAAAAAGUUGAACGGGGUUCAACAAGAAAAUGGCAGCGAUAGUUUUAGAGGUUCGGUUGUCCGUCCGAACCUUAGAAAUGGUGAUAAAGUUGGUCAAUUGAGCGCCAUGAAAACAAUGGACCAAGUUGACCAGCCAAAUAAAACUGAAAAGAAAAAGUUCAAGAUUAAAUGUUGUAGCGUGAUGUAAGUUCUGUUGAGUUGUGCUUCAGACGAGGAGGCAGUGAUCAAUGAAUUCUCAAUUUUCCAAACCAAAUAUUUCAAAAAAUCCGCGGUUUAUUUUAAUCGUGGCACAAUGCUUUUUAUGAAUACAAAUACAAUAGACAAACAUAUUUCAUAUUCAAUUAAAGAAAUUGAUGAAUCGCCGGCCUUAUUCACUAAUUUUCU